AUGAAAUUUACUCUCGCUCUCCUCCCCUUCAUCCUAGGCAUGGCUGUCGCAGCUCCAGCCCCUGAAGCCAGAGCAGAUGUAGAAGCGCGCCAGACCACGACAGUUAGUCUCACAUUUUAUGGCGCGGACGUCGAUGCUAGGUAUAGCAUUGCUGCGCCUACGGAUGGGUCGGAGUUCACAAUCAACCACCCCGAGAUCUCCGUCUCCAGAAUCUACAACGCAGGCGGCGCAACCUGCUACAUUUACGGUAGCGAGGGUAGCUACACUUUUGUGCCGGUUGGCGAGCACCCUGUUGGUCCACCCCAGCCGCAAUGGGAGCCAGUCCAUCAGUCUGCCCGGCCGUCAUCCAACCACUCGGAUGAAACAGACAAACCAUAUUGCUCAACGCCCAGAUCGUUCAUCACAGACAUAUCAGUUCCUUCAGGCCCGCUGCGAACAAAUCCUUUCGGCUAUACCGUCGAGAUGCAUGAGAGCUUUGGAGUCGUCCCCUACUUGUAUGAUGAGAAUGGGUCUGAUGACCCUGAUACCGUUGAAGACUUGGAUCUAGUAGCCACAUACACUCCCUCGAACCUCAAAGAGAUUCAGACCGCGCUUCAAAAAGACAGGGAUGACUUGCCCGGCAAGUCACAUUUUCGCACAGUCGCAUCCAUGAUCGCCGAGAAUGCUCUAAACCCGAAAGAGCCAAAGACAACACACCUUUUCAACACUUUUCUUAAUCCCACCUCACGAAAGGGGCGAUAUGGUAAGGUCGGAAAGGAGACAUGGAUCAUACCGGAAGGCAUGCUACCUAGUUUGCAAAGGCGACUGGAGCCGGACCUCAGCAUCGGUAUCGCGCAUGAAAAGCUUGGAAUGCGCGUAUGGUCUGCGAAGCAUCUGCCUGGCCAUAUCAAAAAUCGCCAGAUGAUUUGUGUCAAUGGGGUGGUUGAAUACAAAACCGAGGAAGGUAGCAUCGCCAGAGCACGAGUACAAAACCUUGCCGCCGCAACAUUAGCCUGUGAUGCCUGGCUCGCUGAUGAGAAUUUCCUAACAAACGGGAAGGGAGCAGAGUGCGUCGUUGGAAAAGCGUUUGUUGGCUCGAUCUGCUUCGAUGGCAAUGUGAUAGAAGCCUCCGUCCACUGGCUUGCACCAUCCGUCACGAGUUCCACCCGUAAGUAUGAUACCUUUAGUAUGCGUGUUGCCACCGGUCACCCUUUCUCCCUCUACCUGAGCGAAUUCAGGGCUUGCUACCAGAAGUUUGCGAACUUUUUGGACUGGAUACGGGACGUUCAACAGGUGAGGCUCCAGGACAUUCUGAAGUUGCCGCCAAGCGAGCCGGAGAAUCUCUCGCUGCCGCAGCCUGAUGACGGUCUGAGCGAGGACGAGGAGGACACCAGUGGGCAAGAAGACAAGGAUCUAAAGGACCAGCAGAUGAAGAGAGAGGACGUCCAGAAGGAAGACAGUAGGGUAAAAGACAAGAAAUCAGAAAAUCAGAAAAAGAGGGGAAAGAAGGGGAAGGACGAACCCCAGGGGCGCACCCGCAGCCACAAAUCUCGCAUAGGCGACGAUGCUGUCAGCAAGCAUCAAGCCGACGGAAUCAGGGCUGACACACCAACCAAAUCGCCACAGAUUGCUGCUAGGAUAUUCCAACAAGACUCAGAGACUCAGAAGAAGAAGAAAGGCGUGGAGCGGAAGCGGCAACCACGACGAGGUAGUGGUCAGGGGACAGCUCAGGCAGACAGCGACGCCCCUGGGAGGAAACGGAUGAGAAGAGGAUGA